AAAUAAAAAUGACCAUUUUGUAAAGAAUAUUUUCUUAUGAAAUGUCAAUCAAGUUAUGGUCUACCUAAUAGUCACUAGAUAAUCCAUGUGACUGAUCUAAAUCACAUUUAUCUUCGUCAUCUAACACCCGUAAUCAAUCGCAUAUACAAGUAUUUUAACCAAUUAAAUUUUAGCUUAGGAUUAUGAAAACUAAUUGACUAUUGGUGUAUUAAAAUAUGACCUUCAGAUACAAUAAAUAAGAGUCAGUUUACGCAUAGUCAACCAUAGAUAGUCGGCGCACUGUCCAUCGGAGAGGUUGGGUUUACUACCAAUAUUACAAUGACAAUUCACUGUCAAAGUGUUGGAUUUCAGAAAAAUUUACCACGCAAUUUAUUAACGAUGAAUGUAGUGCCCGAAAAUAUUGGUCAAAAACGAACAUGCAAACAGUCAUCACAAAAUGAUGCUGAUGAAACGACUUUAGAAUGUAAAAAUGAAGGAAAACGCCUGAAGUUGGAAUCAGUUCACCACUUGACGUUAAGUAAUCAGAUGACAUCAACUCCGUUGGAUAUUCUAUCACCGAUUGAAGUAAAUUAUCCAUCUGAAAACAAACAAUCUGCCAAUAAUCCUGUUAGUUCAGGCAUAAAAUUUAUUGAUUGUGAUGAACUGGCUUCAUUACUAACCUCAAACUAUUCAUGUAAACAAUGUGUACCGCUCAUACUUGACAUAAGAAGUCUUGCCUCUCAAGCUAAUUUACGAAUACAAACAGCAAUCGGCAUACCAUGUGAAUCUCGUGUAAAGUUACGUCGUGCAUUGCCAGUGCUAAAUAAUUAUUUACGUGCUAGAGAACAAUGUUUUAAUACUCAUAAUCUAAAGGACUACCAACCUAACUACCGUUUAAUAAUCAUCUAUACUGAUUCUGAUAUCGGUGGAUUUCCUAUGUUAAAAGAUCUUCUUCACUGCUUGGUUAAACACUUGAUUGAUGUUCAUCAUUUAGAUGCAAGAGUUCUCAAAGGAUUCCUAGUUAGGGCUUACCUCGUGAUACAGUUUGGUGAUUUCCGCAAUGAAUGUCCGAUUCAUCUUCAACGUCUUCUCCUAACUUUUCCGUCAUUUGGAGGUCGGUAUUUUCUCUCUCACAGUAGGCUGUUAAUGAUGGUAUCCGGCCAACGGACAUUGAGUAUCUUACUUAGACAACUGUUUAUAAAUACUCGUAUUUUUUUGAUGAUGAAUGUGGUAGUUCUCCAAGCUUCAGCUCCGUACAGUAGAACUGUGUUGAUGUUCGUAUUGAAGAUUCUCACUUUGAUUUUGGCUUGCAGACAUUUGUUUUGAGUCCCAUAUUUUCCUCAACUGUAGGAGUGCUGUUGUUGUUUUACCAAUCCUUGCCUUUACGUCUUCAUCGGAUCCUCUUUGUCCAUAUGUGAUGCUGUUCAGGCGGUAUUCAAGAGUUUUGCAAUUCUUAUCAUCAUUUAUGUGAACAGCCGUUAUCCGAAUCUCAAUCUAUAAGUGAUGAUUCGAAAACCAGUCACACUGAAAAUAUAACUCAUAAUGAGUCGAGAAAUAUAAAGGAUAAGUUCGCUCAUUCUUUGAACAUUCAACUUACAAAAAUAAAGUGUCGAAAAUUAGAAUUCAAAUGUUCACCAAUAUUGUUACCGGGUUUAGGCUUGUCUGCAGGAAAUACAGAAUACAAGCCGAUUCGGUUACACAAUUCAGUAAAACAAUCUAAUAGUUUAGCUUCAACAAUAAUUAACCGCUGUAACUCAACUGCAAAUUUUAUUGGAAAACAAUGGAAUCUAGCAGGAUUUUGUGUAACUGAUAAUGAUCCUGGUGAUCCAAAAGAUAUAUUUCGUGCCGAAAUCAGUCGAAUAUUCCCUUUUCUAUAUCUAGGGAAUGAAUACGAUGGUCAAAGUGAAAAGAUUUUAAAUAAACAUGGUAUAGAUUCAAUUUUAAAUGUAACUAUUAAAACACCAUUUCUUGAUGAAUCGCGAUUUAAUUGCUGUCGUCUUCCUGCAAACGAUUCACAUUCACAAGAUUUACGAUCGUAUUUUACAUCAGCAUUUCAAUUCAUCGGUAUGUAAAUAGUCAUUCUAUAUUUUUUAUUUUCGUGUACGAUAUUCAAUAACACUAAAUUUUGGUCAUUAAAUAAAUUAUGUGUAUUUAUGUUAUUUAUGUGAGAAUUAGCUACACCUCAACAACUAUAUCACUUGAUUGUUCCCUACGUAAUCACUUAGUUGAAACUUUCUAUGCAAACUGGCUAUAUGAUUGCUGUGGAUUGCAUCACUCACCAUUUGAUAAGUAAAGAGUCAGUUACUUCAAGAAGACGUAAAGUGCACAACUUUUAACUUCAAUUCUUAACAAAACCUUCCGUUGUCAAAAUUGUUUCAGGUAGAGGUGAGCAACAGGUACAUAAUGUAGAUACUAGUCAAACUAUAUGUCUAUCCACAAUUCAGUCAUUAUGAAAUCCAAACAAUGUCUCCAAGAUAUUCAGAUUUAAAAUUACCUACUGGGAUUGAAAAAGAUUGGUUCAUGUUGUGUAAUGGCGUAAUAAGUACAAUAUACAUGGAACUUAUAAAGCAUUCUAGGACAAUCAUUUAUACGAAUAUUCCUCAAGAUUGGAACGAAUAGUUUGAUUAUUGCCCUGAAGAAGUCCAGACAAGUUACAUACCAUACUUUGUUUUCUUGUCUUCGUCCUAAUUUCUUUCGAUAUAUGAUAAACAUAAUCUUGAAAUAAUACUAAUUUGAUGAGUCAUGUCUCGGUCGUGAUUCACUGCUUUAUAAUUUGUAAAAUAUAACAAUGCUGUCUGUUAUGCCUCUAUCUAUGCUGAGUCAGUCUGGAAAAAUAUGUCACUGUUUUUAUCUUGAGAAAGUGAUUGAUAAACAGACAGACGAUAAUUCCAGACAAACAAUGACUCAUCUUAAAUAGAUUUAACAUCGUUCCAAACUUAAGUGAUGGAUCUAAAGUUUGAAAUAUUUAUCUAAUUGGUCAAUAAAUGUGAUAAAACAAAUGUAUACAUUAAUUUUACUCGGAUAAACUGCACCGAAAUGUUAGUCAUCAAACUAAUGCUAUAAUAUAUUAAUGUCCUACGGUGCAGCAGUAAUAUCACCUAAAAUUAGUAACUAAUCAGUUAGGAAUGAAACCAUUUGAUUCAACGACACUGAAUAUCUUAGUAUACUGGGUUGUGGAGUUUGUUGAAUUAGGAAGUUAUACAUCACGUACCCGUUUUAAGGAGCACUGAACGAAAAAAUUUUGGUUUUCAGUAAUUAUCUGUAAUUUAAAACUACGAAAUAUCAUGUUUUGUCGGUAGUAUACAUAAUGUGGAAUAAGUGAUUUGAAGUAACGAAUGUACUAUAUCGGAAGGAUGUUAUGUAAUCUUAUGUAUGAAUUCUCAAGCAGUAAUUGUUUUUUAACUAUUCACAAAACAUUAAAUAAUUGACACGAAUUUCUUAAACAAAUAUCUAGAACAAUUUAAGCAGGAUUGUAAUGUACAUACAAUAUGCCAUAUUUGAAUGUAAUAAUAUCCGAAAUUCAUAUAAAAUCUAAUGAAUUAAACUCUAAAUACUGAACACAUUUUUUAUGCAUUAGAUCACUUCUUUCAAGAAAUAGUAUAGAAGACUUGUUUUAAAUGUGUAGAUCUAAGUUAAAUAUAUCUAAUACGUUAAUCAGUAGUUCAUGUUGUUGUUGUUGUCGUUGAGAUAACAAACUAGCGACAACAGACAACACAGUGUUUUAAAAAAAAUUAUGAAUAAUGUUCAUGAAUAUUUUUAUAGUUACCACUUGUUUAGAGAUGUUCUUAUUAAAUACUUCUGAAGGUGUUCAUUUACGAUUAACUAUUACAGUUCAUUUCAUUUCUUGUCGAAUUCUGUUGAUCGUAAACAUGACAUCAAAUAAACAUACGUAUUGUGUCUAGACAACGAAAACAUUAUAUAUUGAUUUUUUCAAGUUGUUUAUGAUAGUUAUUAAUGGUUAUUAGAUAAAAUUUAAUAUUUUCGUAUUGUACACUAUACAUUAUACCUUAUUCUCUUAUCCAUCAACCCACUGUCGUAUUCAUUUACUUAUUCUGUUGGUUACAUGUAAUCGAUUAUUUUGCUUUUGUAUAACGCACUCUUUGGGCUUUAUGAUUCCUAUAAAAAAAGUCUUUAUUACUCGAGUAAAAAAUUCUAGAUAAAAGCUUGAACUCAUCGAAUACUUUUUUCCUAAAUCUAUUGUGUAUCUGAUGGUUGAAUUCAACAUUUGACGUCAAAAUGAGACGAAAUAUUGUUUUCUAGGUACUAUUCAUUACAAAAUGAUCUGAUUUAGGGUACCAAUGAAAACACGGGAGCAAUGGAAAGUCGUUCCAUCCUUGUAUAGGAUACCUCAGCGUUGCAGAUCAAUGACGACUGACACCUAGAAAUUAAACCAAUCUCCACAAAACGUUUUCAACUAAACUGUAAUAGUCAAUUCGCCCCUGACUUUCUUCAAGAUAUUCCUAAAGUUCUACUGAGAAGUCGUCAUUAAUGGGGUUCAAACAUGGCGGAAGUAUGGAAGUUGUCAUCUAUAACAUUGGAUAAUCGUCGUGCUAUAUCUCAGAUUGAUUGAACUUAAAAUUGUGUCAUUGAAUGCUUAUCCAGUAGUUUUACUGGUUAGAUAUUCAUCACAAAAAAUGGAAACCGUAGGUUCCUGACAUUGUGGGGUUGUGGAUGUUUACUACCGAGGAAAGCCCCGUAUUAGGGCGAAUCAGUUUUUACGAGGACACACAGUUUACCAAUGCUCCUUAAUUUUUAACAGCACUUCAACUGAGAUCAAUCUGUUACGAGUACGACGUACAAAUUAAACCAGUCUUCACGAAACUUUUAACAAUUAGCUGUUUACAUAUUUUCUAUUGACUGUUAUGAUACACAUGUUAUUGUAGACUAAUUACACACGAACGCUUGUCUUGCUUAUUCCAAGGUAUAGCGAUAAAAUGAACUUUAGAUAAAUAAGGUCACUGAUACUUUGCAGUUGGUCUUUAUGUACAUAGAAAUUCUGAAACUAAUGGAGUAUAGAUUCAAAUAGAAAUAUUUACCAGUCUCUGCUAAACUAGCUAAAGUAUAUGUCUAACUUUAAAUUAAUUGCUUGUUGCUUGAUAUUACAACACAAUAGCUUGUCUGAAUGGUUUGUUUAUCAACAAAAAUUAUAAUUCCCUAGUAGAUUGAACAAAUUUUUCGCUAAUUCCGUUUUCUAAGAUCUACAUGUUUGGAAUUUUUGGGUCUGCUGCAUAAGUGAAUCGUCCGUCCCGUCUCAUCAAUCCUACUAGUGAUUUCAUCAACCCACUUAUUUUGUCAUUACAGCUAAGAUUUUGUUUAAAAUGGGAAAUGAAGUAACGUUUUCUAAUUUUAUGAUUAUUGGUACCUCAUAAAAAGUGCUGUUUCAUUUUUGUUUACUUCAUCAAUGUUUUUCCUUUGAAAAAAUUGUCUCUCCAUAGAAGAAGUUCGUUGCUCUGGCAAAACUGUACUUGUUCAUUGUCAAGCUGGUGUGUCCAGAUCACCAGCUUUAAUUAUUGCUUAUUUAAUGAACUAUUCAAGUUUGUCACUAAGCGAUGCUUAUCAAUAUGUGAAAUCGAAACGUUCGGUGAUUGCACCAAAUUUCGCCUUUAUGGGGCAGUUAUAUGAGUUGGAAUCGGACUUAACAUCUGGACGAUUAUCAAGACAGUCGAAUAUCUUAGAUCCAUUAUUAAAACCUAAUUAAUCACUAUGAUUGUUACUGUUAAUAACAUCAAAUUCGAUACUACCUAUCUAUUUGCCUGACUAAUUAUUUAUGCCGUUUGUGAUUUAGUAGUAUACACCAGUGCGGUUGGCUGUAACCAUUUUGAUAGAAAUUUGUAAAUAUCAUCAUUACCUCAAUCACACAAUAAUUCAGGUAAAAUACAUAAUACCAUUAUUUUCAUCCCAUAUCUUAAGCUUAUUAUGUUCUGUUUAUCAGUGUGAUUCAUGUGUUCAAUGUAAAAUCUGUUUUAUAGUUUAUUAUCACAAUAUGUCAAUUCCAAAAUGUUCUACCUAUUUUCUCAUAUUCACCUCAAUGAUUUUUUUUGAAAAAAAUGAGUACAAGACGGAAACAUUUUCUUUCAGAUGACUUUUUUCUAUCCAGAUUUCAAUAUUUUUAAAAGAGAAAGAUGAAUACAACUUUUAUUUGAAUUUUGCUGUUUUGUUUAGAUGAAUUCAGCAUUUUUGUUUUGCAAUUUUUUAUACCAAUUUCUGUAAAAGAAAUUUGUUAUCCUCAACAGUAAUUUGAACAUUGUUGCUAACGUUAUUGUACAAAGUAUGAAUUUUUCUUUAUUUGUUUGUUUAUGCUCAUGUGUGUAUGUAAACGACUGUUUUUGUUUUCUACUUUUUGUAAAAUAUCAAUUUUGAAUUCGAUUACUUUUUUAAUGAUUAUGAAAAAAACUAUCUCCUUGAUUGGGUAGUAUUCAGGGAGAUCAAAGGAUUAUCUUUCUUUUAAUUAAACGUUAAGCUCUUGCUGGUGACGAUAAUUAAGUGUGAGUCUUUUCUAAUUCCAAUUUUCGCAUAGCCUUUUCGCUUUUCUGACCGAUUGUCAGUACUUUCAGUUUAGUAACUUUCUUUGUGCUCCAAGGUCAUGUUUUUAUUGAUAUAUCUAUACAGAGUUGUACGAUUUAAACUUGGCUUAAAUAUCAAUUUUCUUGAACUUCUGUCUUUUCUAUGUGUUUCGUAAAAGUGGAAUAUUGUUGAAAUGUUGUGUCACAAUUGAGGUUCUAUUAAUUCCGCUACCAAGCCCUCUCGUAUAAGAAUAAGUUCAAUGGUCCGGCAAUCGGCAAUUAUCAUAGGCCU